AUGUCACAAUCAACAAUAAAAAUCUGUCCGAGUUGUCCCCUCUCACCUAUACAAUGUUCCUCUUCAAGUAUCAUUUCACUUGAAGGGAUUAUUAUUCCAGAAAACAUUACAGCAGAAUUUAUUCACUUGCAAGCAUUCAAUCCAUCACCAAGAAUACUUUCUCGAAGAUCGAUAAUACCUCUCAUUAACGCAUUACAACUGACCGAGUCACAAGAAGAAAAUUUUGAGUAUUUUCCUGUUCGUGAUUAUGACUCACAGUACAAAUCGGUAAAAGAUAAAUUUGAACCAAAUUUAUCACCACUAAGAACAUUAGGAAAGUCACAAAGUCGGACUUCUAAAAGAUGUUCGCGACAAUUGGAACGAACCUUUUCAUUGACUAAUAUGAUACCUUCCUAUGAUUAUACAAUUCCCAUAUGUACUGAAUUACUCAAUGAUAUACCUCCCUUCACUUUUGAGGAGUUUGUAAGCUCUUUGGGUAAUAUGAAACAACUGAAAGAGAAUUAUGGAUUUCUUAAAACUAAUAAUUUUGUAUGUGAGGUGCACAGACAUUUAGAAGCGAGUCAGAAGGUGGCACUCAGUAUAAUGUUACUUAAAAUGACAUCAUCUUCCGUAUUUAGAACGUUUCAGUUGGUCGAUAUUAAUAAGGAGAAAUACACUGAUAAAGAUAUUAAGAAUCUACAACACCACAUCUUGGAGUUGCCAAACCCAACAAAACAGUUGAUGAGACGAUUCACUGAAAUAACAAAACAUGUGAAGGAGAUGGCUUACGUGUUCUCUGGCUUUGUAGUCUCUGACGAUAGUAAAGAGGGAUUUGUUAAUAAACUAGGCUAUGGGAUACUCAAGACAGCACUGAGAUAUGAGUCCUUUGUACUCAAAGGAAUAGACGAAACGGGAAUCUACGACUUCAAAGAGAGUAGAAUGAAAGUUGCGUUGUGUUUAAGCGUGGAGACAUUGUCGACUCUGUUGUUUAGUAAAGACUCCGUCUCACUUGGGUAUGUCAGAUUCUAUAUGACAACACUCCCAUAUUUCACAACACAGAAAACAGUGUUGCAAUUCAUUAAAGACAACGUUCAGUUGACAACUACGGACUGCGCCAAUGUCUAUUUCUCUGUUUGUAAAUCAUUUUUAGAGUAUUGGGGUGACAUGUUCACUGAAAGUCAAGUUGAAUUCAUGGGGAAGGUCUCUCUCAACUACUUCACUGAAAAGGCCAAAGGUGUCACGGACGUAAAAGGUGGGAAAAUACCACAAAACACAUGUGAGGAGAUCACAGGAAUGAUGUUCAAAGAACUUCGAAGGAUGAAAGUGCAAGACCUUGUUCUUCGUGAAAAGAACAUUCUCACCAGCCAGGAAGUCACUCACAAGCAAAAUUGUUUUGAAGACGUUUCGAUGAAAUUCAACAAGUGGUGUUUGAACGAGUUGAUUACCACAAAAGACUACAAGAAGAUGUUAAUUCUUGGCGCCAAGUUCUUAGAACUAAAGAAUUACGACGCGACAUUCAGUGUGUACUGUGGACUAAAAAGUUCACAAUGGAAAGGCGACAAAGCAGAGAACUACACAAAGAAGCUUCAAAAAGACAAGAACUUUCGUAAUAUGGAAAUGGUGUUCAAUGGACCAAUUGUUUCACAGCAAUAUGACACACUCAUAUUAAAAGAAAAGGCGCCAUUCAUUCCAGUCUUCGUGUUGGAAAAUAGAAAAUUGCUUCUUGCAGAAGAAAUUCCAACGUAUGUCGAUGCCACUAAAACGUCCAUUCGAAUAGAAGACAAACUGAGAAAAUGCUAUUCGGCGGUUAAUACUUUUAUUAGAGGAAGGUGUUUGUCAUAUCCAUUUGUUGUGAAGGAUGUAGACACUCUGAUCCAGAAAUAUGAAAAAUAG